CCAAAUUUUUAAGGAAAUACAAUUGCUCGAUUUAUAUGGCAUUUAUUUAAAGCAUGGAGAAAUAUUUCCACCUUAUACAUUUUGCUUGCCUUAUUUCAUCUCUUCUGUGGAACGUCAAGGGCGCUUAUUAUCUAAAACCGACAGGUCGAUUCGAGAUAACAGAGAUCCCAUUGCCAUCGUCCGUUAUUGAACAAAUAAACAAGAAUACUGCGUCAGUCACACCCAACCCAAGCCGAAUAAAUGCUACUGGUGUUCAAAUCGUUACAGCAGUAACAAGAAUUUCAAACACAUCUCAAGUUCCAAAGCCAGUUUCUGCUUCAGCUGCAUCACAGCAACCAUGCCCAACUACGCCCACAUGUUCUUGUCCAUGUCCGAAACCUUCACUGAGUAGUAAUCCACUGAGUCUUCGUCCUCUUCCCUCCCAAAAUAACAACACUUGGUGCACCUCAGUGUGUAUUUGCCUUUGUAUCGGUGGUGCUCCUGUCCCCAUCCAGCCUCCCACUGCCGAAUCUAAAGGUAAAGCGGCUUUGACUACUCCUAACCUAAAAGUCACCAGUCCCAUGUCAAACCGGUCAACUACAGCAGUACCUUCCAGUACUCCAACGAUCUCAAAGAUGUCCAGAUCAGUCUCUAAUGUCUGCCCUGAAACUGCAGGUCAAAGUAGACCCAGUGCGACACUCAGUCCAACCAUCACAGAAUCGAUGCUCCCUUUUCAGAAAGGCCCCGCAGAAAACUAAAAGUCACCAAGGUACUUCCUAAAAGGUGUGGUUUGGUUGUUGUGAUUGACGAUAAAGCAGCAACUUGGUCCUAAAGGGGUAUAUUGUGGCAUUUGCAAAAUGGGUAACACUCUUAUUUCUUUGCAAUUGCUGACAGGAAUUUAGAACCUGUAGCCACUCGACGGGUCAGCUAAGCUCCUGCGUGAAAGUUAGCUAAGCUCAAGGCGUGGUUACGACUAGUUUUAUCAAAAAUUUGACAUGCUUAUAUCUACAUUAAUAAUAUACAUGAAAAAAUUUCUCA